CUGAUAUUUUAGCAAUCCUUGUAUUUUAGCCGUAAAGUCAGUGGUGUGCUUACAUAAUAUAUAUAUUAUCUAAGAUUAUAGCAACGGCAAUAUCUAUAGCUGUGAUUAUAGCACAAAAUACAUUUUAUUUAUUCUGUAAUAUUAAUUUAUUCUCUGUAACUAUAAUAAUUUAUUAUUAUCAUAAAACUGAUUCUGUAUUUCCGUGUGACUGUGUCUGUGUUAUGAAUUUAUGAUAUCAUCUAAACAAUUCCAAUUCCUAAUAUUAGUAAUGAUGUACAAUUUGUUUUUAAUUUUGAAUUUAGUAUUACUGUUUUAACUUAACUCAAUCUUUAUUAUAAAAUAGACGAUUUGAUAAUUAUGUCAACUGAAGUGGAAAAUAAUGAAAAUAAUAAAAAUCCGCCAUCUUUAGCAACUGAAGAAAUCAAGUUUACUGAGCGAAUGAGAAAGGCUACAAGAAAAGAACAUCGAAUUAGUGAUGCCUUAAUUAAUGCAAAAAUGACCAUCGGUAUGACAGAUAGCAAAGUAUGGGUAGAAGGAUUACGACGAUUUUACGUUGUAUACCAAUACCUAGAGAUUGCAAUGAAAAAGGAAGAAAAUUAUAAUUUACAUAAAUUUGGACAAAUUAAUGGUCUAUUUCGUACACAACCAUUUGAAAGCAGCUUGCGGCACUAUUUAGGAGAAAAAUGGCCAUCUGGAAUAACUAAAGCCAUGGCUGAAUAUUCCAACUACUUAUUAUGUUUAGAAAAUGAAAAUCACGUACUAUUAUCACCAUUUAUAUAUCAUAUGUAUAUGGGCAUUUUAUCUGGUGGUCAAAUACUGAUGGCUAAACAGAGAAUGGCUUUCUCAGAUGGAAAAGGAUCUGAAGCAUUUUACUUUGAUAUUAAUGUAAGAGAGGCUAAGAAUCAAUUACGGAAUGAAAUGAACGCUUUGGCAGAAAAAUUAGAUGAUGAAACCAAACUUAGAUUAUUAAAAGAAAGUAAAAUGGUAUAUUUGUUAAAUAAUAAAUUAGUAAAAGAAGUUAAAGUUCCUACAGAAAUUUUGUUAAUCAAGUUCAUAUUUGUUAUUGGAAUUUUUAUAUUAGUGAUUUUAUUAUGGAAGGUAUCAAAAAAAUUUCUUAUGGUUUUGUUUUAGUAAAUUAAUAACUGG